AUGGAUGGUAUUCUUGCCAUUAUCUUCAUCUUCUGUAACAUUCUGCUGCUCACUCAUUAUGGUUCUUCAUAUCCGUUAUGUACUAAUUUAGGGUCUCCUUUUACGCUGAAAUCAUCACUUUCUUUCUGUAAAUUCAAUGGAAGUGUUUGCUGUAACUCCACUGAAGAUGUUGGGUUGCAGAAACAAUUCAAAUCGAUGAAUGUCUCAGCUUAUGGCUGUGCUGCUCUUAUGAAAUCAGUACUCUGCUCAAGAUGUGAUCCAUUUUCAGCCGAGCUUUAUAGGAUCGCAACGGCUCCUCGAGUACUUCCUGUCCUUUGCAAUUCCACGGUUUUGGUAAACUCAACCGAAUCACAACUUGCUGCAACGACAGACUUUUGCUCAAAAGUCUGGGAUGGAUGCCAUAAUGUAUCCAUAUCAAAUUCUCCUUUUGCGUCAGAUAAAGGUGGAACUGUGGUUAAUUCUUCUUCCAAACUGACUGAUUUAUGGGAGUCAAAGAGUGCUUUCUGUAAUGAAUUUGGAGGAGCUUCUGAUGAUGGCUCGGUAUGUUUCGAUGGAGGACCAGUUUCACUAAACAGUUCUGAAAGUCCAACUCUCCCUAACGGUAUCUGCCUUGAGAAGAUUGCCAACGGAUCCUACCUUAAUAUGGUAGCUCAUCCUGACGGUUCAAACCGUGUCUUCUUAGCUGACCAACCGGGUAAGAUUUGGUUGGCGACCGUUCCUGCUGAGGGAUCAGGAGAAACGCUAGGAAUUGAUGAAUCAAAUCCUUUUCUCGAUUUGACCGACGAAGUAUAUUAUGAUACUGAAUUGGGGAUGAUGGGAAUAGCAUUCCAUCCAAAUUUUCAAAAACAUGGGCGCUUCUUUGCUUCGUUUAACUGUGAUAAGGUAAAAUGGCCAGAAUGUUCAGGGAGAUGUUCAUGUAACUCUGAUAUGGGAUGUGAUCCUUCAACGCUUCCCUCUGAGAAUGGAGCACAGCCUUGCCAGUAUCACAGCAUCAUAGCAGAGUUCAGUGCUAAUGGUACCACAUCGCAACCUUACUUGGUAACAAGAGUGCAACCACAGGAAGUCAGAAGAAUAUUUACCAUGGGUCUUCCAUUUGCUGCCCAUCAUGGUGGUCAGAUACUUUUUGGACCUGAAGAUGGAUAUUUAUACUUUAUGAUGGGAGAUGGUGGAAGCAGAGGUGAUCCUUACAAUUUCUCACAAAACAAGAAAUCAUUGCUCGGAAAAAUUCUGAGGCUCGACAUAGAUAACAUUCCAAGUGCUCAAAUGAUUACUGACCUAGGCCUGUGGGGAAAUUACUCUGUCCCUGGAGAUAAUCCAUUUUCUGAAGAUAAGGGAUUGGAGCCAGAAAUCUGGGCACUAGGGUUCAGAAAUCCUUGGCGAUGCAGUUUUCAUGCUGAGAGGCCUUCCUACUUUCUCUGCGCAGAUGUUGGCCAGGACCAAUAUGAAGAGGUGGAUAUCAUCACUAAGGCUGAAAUCAUGGUUGGUUUCAGAUACCUGUAUUCGGAUUUGUAUGCUGGAGCAAUAUGGGUUGGAACAGAGAACCCCAAAGACGGUGGGAACUUCACUAGUACGAAGCUUCCCGUUAGUUGUGCUGGUAACACUCCUAUCCCAUGCACGACCGUAGGAGGGAGCAAUUUCCCUGCAUUGGGAUUCGUGUUCUCGUUUGGUCAGGAUAACAGGAAAGACAUGUUUAUUUUAGCCAGCAGUGGGGUGUACAGAAUAGCUCGUCCUAGCCGCUGCAAUUACAUUUGCUCAAAGGAAAAUGUCACAGCUCCUGCUCCCUCCUCUCCUUCCCCUUCUCAUUCAGCUGCGAAACGAUUCAGCAAUCAGCUGCGAAACGAAAGACAUGUUUAUUUUAGCCAGCAGUGGGGUGUACAGAAUAGCUCGUCCUAG